UUUUAAUUUAUUUUUCAUGCUUAGAGACUUUCGUGCAACUUGUAUCGCAUCAAUGUUGGCUGUUUAAACACAUAAUUAUUCGUAGUCCAGUCCUUGAACUCUGAGGGGUUGAAUCCAGGCAGAGAGAGUCCAGGAAAGAGAAAGGAUAACAUGAACGCACUUGCUCAGAUCGAGCCAAUCAGAGCAUUUGGCGACUGCGUGCGCAAGGAUAUAAAUUGCUCGUUCAAAUGGCGAAUUCAACAUGUUCAGCUACGCGACCUUCAGAGCGGAAAAACGCAAUAAGCAUGCGCGAGUUUUGGCUGCGCGCCAGACUCCAAGUUUGAGAAAAUGGCAGGGAAUUUCGUCGAUCGUGUAAACAAAAAGAAUCACGAACUUUAUAUGCUUUCCCAAUUUUUCCGGUAAGCAGCAACAUUUUAACGUCACUAAUGUUAAGCUGGUGUAUUGUUUGCCUGGAGAAUCGAUUUUUUUCGGACAAAAUUAACCUAAAGAAGGUUUCCAAACCCUUUAUUUCCCCCACGGUAUGCAAGAAAUUUCGAUGCGAAGACACAUUUUGUUCACAAACCCUCUUUACAUAUUGCAUCCAUAUAAGCAAUUCACUGAAUAUAUAAGCAAGAGAACCUCUGAGCAGGCAGGGGGAGCCUUGUUUUCUUAACAGUGAAAUGCCGAAAAAAAUUCAUGCAUGCCCAAAUAUAAAUAAAUCAAUCAAACGACAUCCUCGCGUACCUUAUUGCAGUCCGCCGUUCUUUUCAUCAUUACAGACCGCAUUAUUUCCUGAGCCCGCAAGUAGAGCUAGGGAUGCGCAGAAAGCUGCUCAGUAUGUUUUUCCACUCUGAAUACGCGACCAAGUACACAACUUACAAACGAUUUUUUAAGGAACUUUGACUAAAACAAGGAAUGCUGCAAACAAUUAACCCUAACCACGCAUAACUGAUCGAUAACAAGCCAAUUUACUGUCAUCUGCUGCUAUAGAUGGCGUAGUUCACGGUUCAACGCCCCUUUAGAGUGGGGAAGGGAGAGCUUAGGGACUGCGCCGACUGGACUAAUUUAAUUUUCGCGUGCGUUAGGAUUAGAUGCGCGAAGAGACGCGUUACAGAUCGCGCGCCGUUCCCAUGGUACUCAUUAUCUCUUUCCGCAUCUCGUCCCGGGACACACGUUGUGGCAGACCGCGCUACUUAGCAAACAGGUCGUUGGCCGCGCUCAAGGAUAUCUAUAUCAAUUUAUUGAAAUAAUAUUUGGAUUGGCCUGAUAUCCUGUAAAGACAAAACAUUCUAUCUAAAGACAAAAGCAUCUGUGGUCGUGUACCUCAAUGGCAUGAAAAGUUUAAGAAUUGGUUUUGACCCUUCUAUUCCAGAGUCAAAAUUAAAUUCUCCUUUAUCUAAUGCCACAGACGUUUACGGCUGUUUCUGAGAAUUAAGCGGUACAGCAAAACGGAAGCUCAAACUGACGAUUUUCUUUAAUCUCCUUACCUAUCUGCUUUAUAAAGUCUCAACACUCCCAGGAGAAAAUACAUGUCCGUCACAUGAUCCUCGUAGCAAAGGAUUUGAGAAGUGGUGACAGCGAUACAAACGGAAAGUCCUGCAAUUUAAACCGUUUCUUCGAGCUCAAAAGCUUAGCAAGCAGAUAUUGAUUACUUUUACAAAAUAUCCAUUGGUGAAGACGACAACGCGAGGUUAAAAGGCCAAAAAUAUUCAGAGAGAAAACUUUGUCCACCUCAAUGCCAUGUCUGGCAUUAUCACAGAACUAUUCGUACGUCGAAACAACGGAACUAAAUCAGGCACGAGCCGGGCAGUAUCCGAGACGAAUUUGUUGAUUAAUCUCAACCGAAUAUUGGACACCUACGAUGAAGAUUUGAAAUCGGACGAUGUGAUCGUGGAAAACGCGACGUUAAAGACGGGCAAGACCAUCCAUCGUCUAGAUAGAAAGGACAGACACCAAGAGGUUCAAGAUGCUUGUCAAAUACACGAUUUGUCUCUCAGGGAAUCGUUCUUAAAAAGCUGCGAACAUGUUGGCAUUCCGCCCCUCGCCAUGACGUACUUUCUCGACAGAAUGGCAUCGGCAGAUACGGAAUUGAUCAUGAGGAAUCUUGGGAUUGGUCCCACGGGUGCUGUUGCGGUCGCCGACGCUUUGGCGCGAAACAAGUCGGUCACGCGACUAGAUCUGUCACUCAACAACAUUCAAGACAAGGGGGCUGCCGCCGUGGCUAAGUUACUUGAGGUUAACAGUCUUAUAAAUGAUGUGAACCUAUCCGAGAAUAAAAUUGGCAAAGAUGGCGCUGAGGCGCUUGGAAACAUGCUUACUGUAAACGAUAGUUUGGUCAGGAUUGAUUUGUCGCGCAACCGCUUGUCCGAUGACGACAUUCAAUUCUUUAGCAACGUUUUACAAACUGAGGAUUCGCUUUCUGUUCUAGACUUAAGUCACAAUUCUUUCGGAAUUACGGGUGGAGAGUACCUCGGCGAAAUGAUCGGAAACAACACUUCACUGCGAGAGUUGAAUCUCGGCUGGAACCGUUUGGGAGACGAAGGAGUGAAACAAAUUUGCACGGGUUUAAAGGAGAAUAGAACGUUGGAAAAGUUGGAUUUGUGUUGGAACGAAAUUGGCCACGAAGGUGCUAGAUGUGUGGCAGAAUCGUUGGAAAACAAUGGCAAGAUUCUUGAGCUUAACUUGAACAACAACCGCAUCACUGACCGGGGAAUGGAAAAGAUUGCCAGAAGUCUGGAACUGAAUGAAACUCUGAAAGUUGUCAAGAUCGGUUACAAUCUCGUCACUGUAGAAGGCGCAUGCGCGCUUCUGCGGUCGCUGUUGAAAAAUUCCGGAAGCGCAGUGGAAGAGGUGCGCAUGGCAGAAGUAGAAGUAAACAGUGACAUUAGAGAAUUAUACUUCAGAUUGAAGAUUCGUAAACCACGAUUUAAUCUUCUGGAAUUGUCCACCGCUAGCGGUGAUUUUUAUCAUUUUGUCAAACCUGAGAAUCCCAUGAACGUGCUAGAUGAUUAUUUAAAAAGGAACAGACUCACUUAUCAUCAGUGUCGCAGCAUUGACGAAGAAGACGAUUAAAAAUAUAAUUAAACUCUUCUUUA